CAGCUAUGCAAUUCGUGUUCUAUGCCUGAUAACCACUUACAGUGUAUACGCUCAGUGCCACAGUCAGGGUGCACAGUAGAAGUAUAUGUCAGGCAUUGGAUUCGUAGCGUUACUAGUGCAGUAAUUGUUACUAAUCAAGCAUAUAAGGAAAUAUGUUCGGGCCUGGAUUGCCGCAUUUUGCCGUUGGGCAGAUCGUCAAGGGAUUCGGCAGAGGUUCGAAAGAUCUGGGAAUACCGACUGCUAACUAUCCUCUGGAAGUUGUCAAGUCGCUUCCAAAUGAAAUUGCUACUGGAAUUUACUAUGGCUGGGCUUCGGUUGACCGGGGCAACGUAUACAAGAUGGUGAUGAGCAUUGGCUGGAAUCCAUUUUACAAAAAUGUCCAUAAAUCGAUGGAAACUCACAUAAUGCACAAAUACGACCGUGAUUUGUACGGUUCUGAGUUGCGAGUUGCCGUCCUUGCAUACUUACGUCCCGAAAAAGAUUUUGCAUCUUUAGAGGAUAUGAUAAAGGAAAUCAAGAACGACAUAGAAAUCGCCGAGGAGUCCCUAGAUCGUCCGGAAUACGCAGCCUAUCGAACGCAUUACUUUUUCUGUCAGGAAAACUCCUCGGAUUGAGACACUCGAUGUAAAAGAGGAGAAGACGAAGAAAAAGAAAGUGGAAAAAAGUAGCACGUCUAUAACGUGCAAUUUUUUUAUAAACAUACGUCUCUCCAUUAAAAGUAAGAAAAAGAAACGGAAACAAAAUUAAUCUGAUCGUCACAUCGAGAAUAAAUAUCUGAACCAGUGUGAAAAAUACGAUGUCGUUUGACGAUCAUCCCCAUGACUACGUUGGCACGGCGUGCUUCAUCCGUAUUGGUCACUGCCGAUAUUUUUUAAGAUUCAAACUAAUCGAUAACAUUCCGUUAGUAGUUUAUUACCAGUACCACUGGUGCAAUGCAUGAAUAAUCAGUUUAGUUACUGAAGCCGGUUGAAGAUGGCCGUGCUAACGGGUAGCCAAUGUCGUGACAUCCUUGAUAUUGUGACGAAAUAAAUUGCUACAUUAACGAUAAUAAUGACAAAAAUAACAACAA